CUGAGGCAGCCCUGUUCAUGUGUGGGAAGUAGGCAGAAUCAGGCAUCUGCCUACACUCCACUUCUGCUUUCUCCAGGAAGUGAGCAGAAACCCAGCUCAAAUGAUUCAUAGUGAAACACCCUUAAGGACUGAAGCUUCUGGGCUGGGUCCUCUUCCCCUAAGCCUGAGGGGCUGUGUCUGGGUAUGGGGGCACCCACGCCAUCUGACGUCUGCAUGCUCUGAAGGACACACUCCAGAUCUGCUUUGCUGAGGUAUGGAGGCGAAAGACGUCUCAAAGGCUGAAGACAGGGCUGAGGAUCCAGGUUCUGAAAAUAAAGGCCAGCCUGAUGUUGCCGCUCCUGACCUCCCACAAGGAGGGCAGACCCCUGGCCCCACUGCCCUCUGGGAGAUGCUAGAACGGAAGUUUCUGGAGUACCAGCAGUUGGAUCCCAGAAGCCCAGCUGAACGUCAGAGAAGCCUGUUGAAUCUUCUCCCACAGUUCUUAAAGGCCUGGGAACACUCUGUGGGGAUCAUCUGUUUUCCCAGUCUCCAAAGGCUGGCUGAAGAUGUUUCUGAGCAGCUUGCCCAAGAAAUACAGAAGGUACUGGUGGGAAAGCCUGCAGAGCAAGCGCGGGUGGCAGCUGGGCAGUUGCUGCGGUGGAAGGGGGAUGCAGAUCAGGAUGGCUACUUGCUCCUGAAGUCAGUGUACGUGCUCACGGGGACAGAUUCGGAGACGCUGGGCAGAGUUGCUGAAUCUGGGCUCCCAGCCCUGCUCCUCCAGUGCCUUUACCUCUUCUUUGUCUUUCCUCUGGAAAAGGAUGAGCUUUUUGAGAGUGAUAUUCAAGUUCAGAGGAUGUUUGUGCAGAUGUUGAUCAACAUUUGCAGUGAGACUCAGGGUCUGGAGGGACUUCUCUCGGGAAAUGAACUCCAGUCUCUGAUGAUUGCCACAACGUGUCUCCGAGAGCACAGCUGCUCCUUUUGGAAGGAGCCCACCUUCUGUGUGCUGAAGGCGAUCUCUAAGGCCCAGAACCUCAGUGUCAUCCAAUACCUGCAGGCCAUGGAUUGCAUCAAGAUCUCUCUGCAGAACCUCUCCAGGCUUGCAGAUGCUCUCCCUGUUCCUGAGGUGAGCGAGGCCAUGAACCUCGUCUUGGGCUUUGUGAAGGACUCCUACUCCAUCUCCCCGGCUCUGUUCCUGGAGUUUGAGAACGGGGAGGGCUAUCCUCUGUUACUCAAAGUGUUACUUCGGUACGACGAGCUGACCCAGACUGAAGCAGACCCCCACCUGGAGGAGCUCCUCGGGCUGGUGGUGUGGCUGACAACCUGUGGGAGGUCAGAGCUGAAGGUGUUUGACAGCGUCACUUACCCACAGCUGGAAGGUUUCAAGUUCCAUCAUGAGGCUUCUGGGGUGACUGUGAAGAAUCUUCAGGCCUUCCAAGUCCUGCAGAAUGCUUUCCACAAAGCCAGUGACUCCAUUCUUUGCACAAAAGUCCUGUCGUCCAUCAGGGCCAUGUGGGCCUGGAAUGCCCGCAACUUCUUCCUGCUGGAGUGGACCCUGCAGCCCAUCUCGCAGUUUGUGGAGAUUGUGCCCUUGAAGCCGACCCUGGUGCAGAUGCACUUCUUCCAGCUGCUGGAGGCCCUGGUGUUUGAGCUGCAUUACGUGCCCCAUGAGAUCCUGCGGAAAGUGCAGCGCCUGAUCAAGGAGAGCCCUGAGCCACUCUUCACCCUCGUGGCUCUGCAGAGCAUCCUCAGGAUUGCCGGCGGGGACCCGCUCUUCACAGACAUCUUCCGGGACUCGGGGCUCCUGGGCCUGCUGCUAGCCCAGCUUCGGAAGCAGGCCAAGAUCCUGAGGAAGUCAGGAAACAGAGAGUCCAAUCCUGGAGUUGAGGAUACAGAAAGAGAACUGACUUGUGUGAUGCUGAGAACUGUGGUCACACUUCUGAAAGGGUCGGUUCGAAAUGCAGUUGUCCUGAAAGACCACGGCAUGGUGCCCUUCAUCAAGAUCUUCCUGGACGAUGAGUGCUACCGGGGAGCCUCACUCAGCAUCUUAGAGCAGCUCUCAGUCAUCAACGCCGAGGAAUACAUGAGCAUCAUUGUGGGCGCUUUGUGCUCGUCCACUCAAGGGGAACUGCAGCUGAAACUGGAUCUCCUGAAGUCUCUGCUCCGGAUCCUGGAAACCCCCAAAGGCCGAGCUGCUUUCCGAGUCUCCAGUGGGUUCAAUGGACUGCUGUCCCUGCUCUCUGACCUGGAGGGAUCCCUCCAGGAGCCGCCACUGCAGACGUGGGGGGUGGUGUCUCCCAGCCAGACCCUGGAACUGGUCCUGCACACUCUUUGUGCCCUGUCUGCGGCACUGCACCUAGACCCCGUCAAUGGCAACUUCUUCAGGAGGAACGGGCUCUAUGAGAAGCUGGCAGAGGACCUCUGCUUGCUGGGCUGUUUUGGGGCCGUGGAAGAAGAGGACGCCCCCAUGCACUCCUGGGAGGACACCAAGGUCAGGCCAUUUGCUGACCUGCUGAGUGCGGCCUUUUCCUCUGGCAGCCUACUUCCACCCAAGAUACAGAGCUGCCUCCAGAUCCUCGGCUUUCUGGACAGCAUGGCCCGAGGCACCCUCCACCUGCGCAGGGACCUGAAGGACUCCCCGAGGGCCAGGCAGGAGCCAGUUGUGGAUGCCCAGAGUGGUGAAACCAGCAGUCACCCCCAGGGAAACUUCAAGCAGUGGCCAGACCUGGAGGAGAGGACGGAUGAAGGCGACCCUGUGAUCAUGCACCCCGGGGUCCUGUGCAUCAUGGUGAGGCUGCUGCCUCGGCUGUACCAUGAAGACCACCCUCAGCUUUCUGAGGAGAUCCAGUGCUCCAUGGCCAGUCACAUCCAGUCCCUGGUGAAGUCGCAGAAGAACCGUCAGGUCAUGUGUGAGGCAGGGAUGCUCAGGACCCUCAUGACCUCCUGCCACCAGCCUCUGAGCACCGGCAACAGCCCCUUGCACUCAAGGCUCAUCAGGAUUUUUGAAAAGCUAGCUUCCCAAGCCAUUGAACCGGAUGUAUUAAGACAGUUUCUAGGUCUUGGAAUUCCUUCACCUCCAUCGGCUGCAACAAAAGUCCUCAAUUCAUCUCCUGUGCACGGAGGGGACCCUGGAUGCUCAGGGUCACAGGCAGCAGCACCAAUGCCUGCCGAGGGUCCUGCGGCUGCCGCCCAGGAUGCCAGCCCCCACCCAGCAGUCACACAGGCCUCCAGGCCCUCAGGACAGACCCAGGGCUCCACCACUGCCCUUCAGACAGCCCUGAGUCUCAUCUCCAUGACCUCACCACGCAACCUGCAACCUCAGAGGGCGGCCCUGGCUCCAUCGUUCGUGGAAUUUGACAUGUCCGUGGAAGGUUACGGCUGUUUGUUUAUUCCGACCCUGUCUACGGUGAUGGGAACCAGUACCGAGUACUCAGUCUCCGGAGGAAUUGGGACAGGUGCUGCCAGGUCCUUCCCUCCGUCCGGGGGCCUGACCUUCUCCUGCUGGUUCCUGAUCAGCAGGCACAGUGCGGUCACCGAGGGCCACCCACUGCGCUUCCUAACCCUGGUGCGCCACCUGUCCAGGACCGAGCAGCCCUUCGUCUGCUUCUCUGUCAGCCUCUGCCCGGAAGACCUCUCCUUAGUUGUGUCUACAGAAGAGAAAGAGUUUCAGCCCCUGGAUGUCAUGGAACCCGAGGAUGACCUUGAGCCUUCUGCAGGACGCCAGCUUCGCGUCCGGUGUGGCCAGCUGCUGGCCUGUGGUCAGUGGCACCACUUGGCUGUGGUUGUCUCCAAGGAAAUGAAAAGGAACUGUACUGUUUCCACCUAUCUGGAUGGACAGGUCAUCGGCACAGCCAAGAUGUUGUACAUUCAGGUCUUACCAGGACCAUUCCUUUCAAUGGAUCCAUCCUCAUUUGUGGAUGUUUAUGGAUAUAUUGCUACCCCUCGAGUUUGGAAACAAAAGUCAUCAUUAAUAUGGCGUCUGGGCCCUGCGUACCUCUUCGAAGAAGCCAUCUCAGUGGAAACUCUGGAAGUUAUUAACAAACUUGGCCCAAGAUACUGUGGUAACUUCCAAGCUGUGCAGGCCCAAGGAGAGGAUCCUAGUAUGGAAGUUUUGCCCCUGGUUGCAGAGGAAAGGGUUUCUUUUGGUCUUCACAUCGCCAGCUCCUCUGUCACCAGUGCUGCAGACAUCAGAAACACAUACAAUGAGGUGGACAGUCGCCUGAUUGCCAAAGAGAUGAACAUUUCAUCCCGUGACAAUGCCAUGCCUGUGUUCUUGCUGCGAAAUUGUGCCGGUCACCUCUCCGGUUCUCUUCGAACCAUUGGCGGCGUGGCUGUGGGCCAAUUAGGCGUAAGGGUGUUCCACUCCAGCCCUGCUGCCAGCAGCCUGGACUUCAUUGGCGGGCCCGCCAUCCUCCUGGGUCUCAUUUCCUUAGCGACGGAUGACCACACCAUGUACGCGGCUGUGAAAGUCCUGCACUCGGUCCUGACCAGCAAUGUCAUGUGUGACUGCCUGAUGCAGCACAUCUGUGGGUAUCAGAUAAUGGCGUUUCUCCUGAGGAAAAAGACCUCUUUCCUAAACCACCGCAUUUUUCAGCUGAUCCUGUCCAUCGCUGGCACUGCAGAACUGGGCUUUGGGUCCUCUGCUGUCAUCAACGUUGGUGUCUUCCAGCACAUCCUUUGCAAUUUCGAGCUCUGGAUGAAUGCUGUGGACAACUUGGAGCUCUCCCUCUUUUCCCAUCUUAGGGAAAUCCUUCAAUCAUCAAGGGAAGGACCCCGGAAUGCUGAAGUUGCUCAUCAGGCGAGGCUUAUUCCCAAGCUCGUCUUCCUCUUCAAUGAGCCAGGCCUCACCCCCUCCAAGAUGCCCACCAUCAUUGCCAUCCUAGGCUGUCAGCUGAGGGGCCACUUCAGUCUCCAGGACUUGCUCAGAAUCGGGCUGUUUGUUGUGUACACCCUCAAGCCUUCGUCGGUGAAUGAGAGGCAGAUCUGCGUGGACGGAGCCGCGGACCCCUCCAUGCCCGCUGGAAGCCAAACAUCUGGAAAGACAAUCUGGCUCAGAAACCAGUUGCUAGAGAUGCUGCUCAGUGUAAUAUCUUCUUCCCAACUUCAUCUGUCCUCUGAGACAAAGGAAGAGAUAUUUCUGAACCUGGGGCCCGACUGGUUCCUGCUCUUUGUGCAGGGUCACCUGCACCCCAGCACGGUGGUGCUGGGAUUGAAGCUGCUGCUGCACUUUUUGUCAAGCCCCUCCCUCCUCGGGCGAUUUAAAGAUGGCCUGUCUGCAGGGUCUUGGGUGGAACGCAGCUCCGAGGGUAUGGACAUCAUGAUGGAUAACCUGAAGAGCCACCCUCCCAUGCUUGACCAGAGCUCCUGCCUGCUUCCUGGGUUCCGAGUCUUGAGCGACCUUCUGGCCCACCAUGUUCAUAUUCCGGAAGUCUACCUCAUCGUGUCCACCUUCUUCCUGCAGACGCCACUGACAGAGUUGAAAGAUGGGCCCAAAGACAGCCUGGAUGCUAUGCUUCAGUGGCUCUUGCAUAUGCACCGCAAGGAAGAGGUCGUCCGGGCCGGGCUGUGCACUGAAGGUGCCCUGCUGCUCUUGGAAAUGCUGAAAGCCACCAUGAGCCAGCCCCCUGCAGGUCCUGGAGAGAGCGACUGGGAACGGACUUUCCCGGCCAGCGUGCUGCAGUUCCUUGGCCUUGUGCACAGCACCUACCCCCAGGAUCCGGCCUGGCGGUCCCCGGAGUUCCUCCAGACCUUGGCUGCAGUCACCUUUCCCCUGGGAACCCAUAAGGGGGCCAUGACCGAGUCCGCCCAGAAUAUCAGCAGUCCCGAGGCCGAGACUGAAGGUGACAGCACGGUGGAGGGUCUACAGGUUCCUGCUGAGUCACAUCCCACCCAGAAGCAGCUGAGGGAAUUCAUGCAGCUACUCUUGAGGGAGCUCCUGCUUGGGAGCUCCAAUCCCAAGCAGUGGGUGCCGCUGGAGGUGCUCCUGGAGGCUUCUCCAGACAAUGCCACCAUCCAACAGAAGCGAGACUUCCAGUCUGAGGUUCUGCUUUCCACCAUGGAAAUAUUUCACGUGACGAGUGGAGGUCGUGCACCGAUGCUCAGAGGCAGUAGAGAGCCUCAGCCAAAUGCAGAAGCUGCUGCUGCCCCUUCCCUUGCCAACAUCUCCCACUUCACCCAGAAGCUGGUGGAGAAGCUGUACAGUGGAAUGUUCUCAGCAGACCCCAGACACAUCCUUCUCUUCAUCAUGGAACACAUCAUGGUGGUCAUCGAGAACACCUCUUCUCAGAAGGACAGUAUCAUCAGUGCUUUAUACAGCAGUUUAAAUAAAGUCAUUCUGUAUUGCCUCUCCAAGCCGCAGCAGUCCCUUUCUGAAUGCCUCAGCCUUCUCAACGUCCUGGGCUUUCUUCAGGAACACUGGGACAUUAUCUUUGCCACCUAUAAUUCCAACGCCAGCUUCCUCCUGUGUCUCAUGCAUUGUCUUCUGCUGCUCAGUACAAGAAGUUAUCCAGAAGGAUUUGGACUGGAAUCCAAGCCUAGAGUGACUCCUUAUCAUCAAGUCUUUCUUUCUCCAAAUGAAGAAUCGAGAGAAAAAAGAGAGGAAGAAUUCCCAAGCUUGAACGAUGUCCAGCACAACAUCCAAAAGGUGGUGCGGACUCUCUGGCAACAGCUCGUGGCACAGAGACGGCAGGAACUGGAGGAUACCGUCAAGAUUGAUCUUUCUGUGAAACCGGGAGAGAGCGAAGUGAAGAUUGAGGAGGUCACCCCACUCUGGGAGGAGACGAUGCUCAAGGCCUGGCAGUACUACCUAGCAUCUGAAAAGAAGUUGGUGGCCAGUCGCUCGAAUGUGGGACACCACAGCAAAGUUUCUUCAUGGAGUGGAAGCUUGUCCUCAGCCAUGAGGCUGAUGCCUGGGCGGCAGACCAAGGACCCUGAGUGCAAAGCAGAGGACUUCGUGUCAUGUAUCGAGAACUAUAGACGAAGAGGACAGGAACUAUAUGCAUCUCUAUACAAAGAUCACGUACAGAGGCGGAGAUGUGGCAACAUCCAGGCAGCCAAUGCCUGGGCCAGGAUCCAGGAGCAGCUUUUUGGGGAACUGGGCUUGUGGGGUCAGACGGCAGAUGCCACACCGUGCCCCCAGUGGGAGCUGGACUGGAGAGAAGGACCUGCUCGUAUGAGGAAACGCCUCCGACGCCUGUCUCCACUGGAAGCCCUGAGUCGGGAAAGGCUCAAGGAAAGCCAAGACAGAAAUGGUGAUAUUUCUCAAAUAAAUGUUGAAAACCAAGAUGAGUUGACACCAAAGGAAGCCGAGGGCGAGAGGGACGAGUUGGCAGACUGCACCCAGCUGACCUUCUUCCCUGCCUUACAUGAAAGCCUGCACUCCGAGGAUUUCUUGGAACUGUGUCGGGAAAGACAAGUUAUUUUACAAGAACUUCUUGAUCAUGAAAAGGUAACACAGAAGUACUCCCUGGUCAUCGUGCAGGGCCACCUGGUCUGUGAAGGGCUCCUGCUCUUUGGCCAGCAACACUUCUACAUCUGCGAGAACUUCACGCUCUCUCCCAUGGGUGACGUCUACUGCACCCGCCACUGCUUAUCCAACAUCAGCGAUCCAUUCAUUUUCAACAUGUGCAGCAAAGACAGGUCCUCUGAUAACUACUCGUGUCAGCGUCACAGCUACGGUGACCUCAGGGAGCUCCGGCAGGCGCGCUUCCUCCUGCAGGAUAUUGCCUUGGAAAUCUUCUUCCAAAAUGGAUAUUCCAAGUUUCUUGUCUUCUACAACAGUGAUCGGAGUAAGGUCUUCAAGAGCUUCUGCUUUUUCCAACCCAGCUUGAAAGGAAAAAGCUUCACGGAGGACCCACUUAAUCUAAGUCUUCCGUACAGGUCGCAGAGAGCAAGACAAGCUUUCCCCCAUUGGACACAAUCCUUGCACCUAACACAGUGCCUCAUAAGGAGAUACCCCGGCUCCGACAGGACCAUGCUGCAGAAGUGGCAGAAAAGGGACAUCAGCAAUUUUGAGUAUCUCAUGCACCUCAACACCAUGGCUGGGAGGACCUACAAUGACUACAUGCAGUAUCCAGUGUUUCCCUGGGUCCUGGCCGACUACAGCUCGCAGACAUUGAACUUGACGAAUCCGAAGACUUUUCGGGAUCUUUCGAAGCCCAUGGGGGCUCAGACCAAGGAAAGGAGGCUGAAAUUCAUCCAGAGGUUUAAAGAAGUUGAAAAGACUGAAGGAGACAUGACCGUUCAGUGCCACUACUGCACUCACUAUUCCUCAGCCAUCAUUGUCGCCUCCUACCUGGUCCGGAUGCCACCCUUCACCCAGGCCUUCUGCUCUCUGCAGGGUGGAAGCUUCGAUGUGGCAGAUAGAAUGUUCCACAGCAUGAAGAAUGCAUGGGAGUCAGCCUCCAGAGAGAACAUGAGUGACGUCAGGGAGCUGACCCCAGAGUUCUUCUACCUGCCCGAGUUCCUGACCAACUGCAAUGCUCUGGAGUUUGGCUGCAUGCAGGAUGGAACAGCACUGGGAGACGUGCAACUCCCUCCCUGGGCUGAUGGGGACCCUCGGAAAUUCAUCAGCCUGCACAGACAGGCUUUGGAAAGUGACUUUGUCAGUGCCAACCUGCACCACUGGAUAGACCUCAUUUUUGGGUACAAGCAGCAGGGCUCAGCCGCAGUGGAGGCUGUUAACACCUUCCACCCCUACUUCUAUGGUGACAAAAUGGACCUCGGCAGCAUCAGAGACCCGCUGAUCAGAAGCACCAUCCUGGGGUUUGUCAGCAACUUUGGACAGGUGCCCAGACAGCUCUUUACGAAACCCCACCCGGCCAGAACCGCUGCAGGGAAGCCCUCCCCUGGCAAGGAUGUCUCUACACCUGCCAGCCUGCACGGCCACCCACAGCCCUUCUUCUACAACUUGCAGUCGCUGAGGCCCUCCCAGGUCACGGUCAAAGAUAUGUACCUUUUCUCUCUAGGCUCGGAAUCCCCCAAAGGAGCCAUCGGCCACAUCGUCCCCACGGACAAGACCAUCUUGGCCGUGGAGACAAACAAGAUGCUGCUGCCUCCUCACUGGAGCAGGACCUUCAGCUGGGGCUUCGACGACUUCAGCUGCUGCCUGGGCAACUAUGGCUCUGACAAGAUCCUGAUGACCUUCGAGAACUUGGCCCCCUGGGGCCGCUGUCUGUGUGCCGUGUGCCCAUCCCCCACCAUGAUCAUCACCUCCGGGGCCAGAGCUGUGGUGUGCGUGUGGGAGCUCAGCAUAGCCAAAGGCCGCCCCACAGGCCUGCGGCUCAAACAGGCCUUGUAUGGACACACGCAGGCUGUCACAUGCCUGGCAGCCUCAGUCCCCUUCAACCUCCUGGUGAGUGGCUCCCAAGACCGCACCUGCAUUCUGUGGGACCUGGACCGCCUUACCCACGUGUCCCGCCUGCCCGCCCACAGGGAGGGCGUAUCGGCUAUUGCCAUCAGUGACAUCUCGGGCACCAUUGUUUCCUGUGCGGGAGCCCACUUGUCCCUGUGGAAUGUCAAUGGACAACCCCUGGCCAGCAUUACCACGGCCUGGGGCCCAGAAGGAGCCAUAACCUGCUGCUGCGUGAUGGAGGGGCCAGCAUGGGACACAAACCAUGUGAUCGUCACUGGGAGUCAAGAUGGCAUGGUCCGGAUCUGGAAGACUGAGGAUGUGAAGAUGUCUGUUCCCAGGCAGGCAGCACCAGAGGAGCCCUGGGCUCUCCCUCCAAGCCCCAGAGGUCAUAGGUGGGAGAAGAAUCUUGCCCUUUGCAGGGAGCUGGAUGUCAGCGUUGCUCUGACGGGGAAGCCCAACAAGACCAACUCUGCAGUGACAGCUCUGGCCGUGUCCAGAAACCAGACCAAACUCCUGGUUGGUGAUGAAAAGGGAAGAAUAUUUUGCUGGUCAGCAGAGGGGUAGGAAGCACUGGCUGAGCAGCCGUGUGCCCUGAGGGGCAGCAGCAGACGGAAGGCACGUGGAUGCUGACCUUGGGGCAAAAAGGAAACCUGCAGAGACUCCCUUCGGCGAAGUCCCCGAGGAGGGGGCCGCUGGCUGCCAGAGCGCCACCUCCCGCGCCCCUGCAGGGCUAUGGCCUCCGGCCUUGCCCUGUACAAGGAUGCACUUCUACAAAAUGGAUACACAUGGGUAUGGAGGCUGACAGCAAGCUGGAAGCCAUGACCUUCAAGUGCCCAUCAUCACAAGAGAUCACACAUGACUCACCUUUCAAAGGGCUUAUUACACUGAAAAAAACAUUGGGUCGCUUACUAAUGGGAGGUACUGUAUUGUAAUUUUAUUAAAAAAAAACCUAUUUUCCAAA